AUGGCACCAAACUUUGGCGAACUUUCAGAACAAGCAGCUCUCGGCAAAAAGCUCAGCGGUGAAUUUCUGGGAGAAAAGUUCCUUGACAAUGUGCUCGCUAAUAUGAAGGACGAUAUUUUCACAAAAACAAGCAUGGAGUACAUUUGGGAGACAUGUUUCGCUGCCUAUGCAAGGCCAGGCUUGGAAUGGAAGGAGCGGUCACUGAUGAAUAUCGCCAUGUUGAUUGCCCUGGGUAGGGGUCCCGAGCUGCGCAUUCAUAUCCGUGCUGCCGUGAACAAUGGAUUUUCCGAGGAGAAAGUCUGUGAAGCUAUCCGCCAUGCAAUGAUCUAUUGUGGUGUUCCAGCUGGACGAGAUGCUAUGAUUAUUGCAAGCGAAGUGUUUGCUGAAUUAAAGGCAUCAGGAGAGUAUCCCAAAAAAGCAUGA